AUGCCUAAGGCUGCCUCUACCUCAAUAACAACCAGCUCGCUGGAACCCUCUUCAACCUACCAGUACGACAUUUUGGGUAGUAGCACGUCCUCUAGCACGGCUGCUUCGGAGACCGGCUCCAAAUACCCCGUGUUCCCAAACGACGCCUAUAUCUCCAGGUUUUAUGUUGUCUCAUCCGGGGAGUCUGGUCUUACCAACCUUGACAUUGAUCUCUACAAUGAAUGCUUCCUGCCGUAUAACCCUUUGCAACACCACAAUUUCCGGAGGGAUGACACGACUGAAAGCAUCUCCCCCAAGCCAACCUAUCUGAUCGACGAGGCUCCGUGUAAACGACAAGCGGCAAUUAAUGCUAAUUGCUACUUCCAAAAUACCAACGGCACAUUUUCAGGCCUUGAGUUGUAUUCGGGCAAUUGGGAUGUCCAGCAGCAAUGCUAUUGUGACAUAUAUCCCUUCUUUGACUCGGCAGCCGGUUGUCAGGAAUGCUUUCGAAAACAUGGAGGCAUUGAGGGCUACCACUGGUUCCCCGAGAAUUACGUGAAGGGGGUCUCGAGCGCCUACUGUAGCGCCAAUCCCCAAACCACGGGAUUCUAUCCUUUCGCAAAUGCAUGGUCGACUAGUUCGGCGGCUAGUUUACCUAGUACUACUGCUGUUGACAGCUUAGGCACGCAGACAGCGGCUAGUCUUUAUUACACCUACGCUGCGGAAAGUACAGCUACCGGUGGUAGUAGCGCAGGCGAGAAAAACAGAGCUGUAGCAACCACGCGCCUGAGCUUGAAGAGAGCCUUAGUGGCUGCACUGCCACUCAUUCUAAUGCUAUCCCAAUGA